CCGGCGGUAUAUUUGCCACCAUUCAUUAAAUUUCAGUUACAGAGUUACCUUUGUCUCUAAUAAGAGAGGAAGCAACGCUUUUCUGGUGAAUGCAUAUUAGCUAUAUUGUGUAUACUUUUAUUCGUUAAUCUAACGCUAAAUUAAGUUAAUUGCCAAUAAAUACGAACCAGCGCGUCAUCGCUUGUCCUGUAAGCGUGUUCUGUAAAUUACCUUUGGAUUGCUGCAGGGAAUGUCUUGUGAGGCAGAUCUUCAAGAGCUACUGCAUCAGAUUGACAUCAUGGUGAGUCAUAGAAGGCGAGAAUGGGAGGGGCAGAACCAAGAACUGCGGACACGCCUACAGGCUACAGAGACACAGCUCAUCCACUCUAGAAUGCAGGUCGGAAAUCUUCAGCGGCAAGUUGAAGAAACUGAGCGUGUGCAGAGAGAGACAGUACGUGGGUUCGAGGACCGCCUGGGUUCGCUUCAUUCAGAGUUGGAGAAGCUGAAGGACAGCUAUGGUAGACUGCGAGGACACCUCAGGAGAGAGGAGGUACAGGCUGCACAGGAGGACAGUUCCUUUGAGAGCAUCACAUUGAGCAUAAAGCUGGAGGAGUUACGAAUGAAGUCCAGGGAGUGGGAGAAGCAGAGGAGCCUACACCAGAAGGACCUGGCUGCUUUAGAAGUGAACAGAAAGCUACUGGCUGCAAAAUGCCAGCUUUCCCAGCUCAAGAGUGGAUGCUACCAGAGCCCUCUGGCUGGAGAGCAGCGUGUGGAAAUGCAAAAUGAGGCCACAGAACUACAAACCCAGCUGGAGGCUGCUCACAAGGUGGCCCAGGUGAAUGAGGUCACAGCUGGGCAGCUGAGGGAGGCGCAGACAUCUCAGAGAGAAACUUGUGUGGAGGAGUGCUUCCUGCCAGAGGUGCUCGCACUGCAGCAGGAAUCACAGGAUGAUGUUUGCAAGCUAAGGGCGGAGCUGCAGGCCAGGGAUGACCUAUUACAGGCAACACAACUGGAAGUGAAGCACUGGAAAAGAGAGGCAUCCAGACUGAGAGAGCGACUGUCAGCUCAGGAGUUCACCACCAGGCUGGAGGUGGAGGAGAAGGAGAGGAUGAUGGCUGCAGAGCUGCAGGAUCUCAGUGAGAACGUGGAGAGGGUGCAGCGGCAGCUGGAGACGAGCAUUCAGCAGGAGGGACUGCUGAGAGAGGACAUCACCCAGCUGCAGAUUGGGCUGGAGUCAUCUAACUCCCACACCAAGCAGCUAAGAGAUGCCCUGGACAAGAAUGAAGAGAAGCUCCAUGACCUAGAGCACUCUGGGAAAUGCAAGGAUAACAAAAUUGUCAUGCUGAAGGAGAAGCUGGUGCAACAGCAGGCUGAAAGAUCUGAAAUGGAGGCCAUAAGAGCGGAGACACUGCAUCUGCGAGCCCAGCUGAGGGACAGUGAAAACACUGUCGCCUCAGCCAAUCACAGAGCAGCACAGCUCCAAAGGGAACUGCUGUCCAUUACAGGGAAGGCCACAGAGUAUCAGGUGGCCAAAAUUCAGCUAGAGGCUCUUAGACUGGAGAACAAGAAACUAAAGCAACUCAUUUCCGAAAUGGAGUCAAACACGUCUUUGAUACUCAGCCCUCUGGGGGACCACCUUGCAGGUGAUGUCAUAUGUGACGUCUCAAGUGACUCAGGACAGUGGGAGGAGGAAUGCCAGACAGGAGAGGCAAGCUGCUCCACGGAAGACCCCUACAACAUCAGCCAUGUGAGCCCGCAGCCAGCCAGCUGGGAGCAGACAGAAGCUACCGGCUACCCUCCAGCACAGAGCCCCACCCCAAAACCUGAGGACUGUUACUAUCCCCAUGGCAACAGCCACAGGGAGGAAGAUUUCACGGCCAAGGUAGACAGGACUAAGAAUGUGUCAGCCCUUUUGGAAACUUCAGUCCUAAAGUCUCCCAGGCCCGUGUUCACUAUCGGGGAGCAGUUCCUUCAGGAGGAAGAGCAGAUGAUGAAAAGGCUGGAGCGAAACUUUGACUCCUACAUCCAGGAGCUCCACAGCGACACCCAGAGGGCACUGCAGAAGUACGGCAUCUGUCAGCCGGAAGAUGGCGCAUCCUCCUGAAGAGCAGCUUGGCCUACACAGGCCAGGUUCACACAGCAGUAUGACCUAUGCUGCUGUGAGACCCCGAGGCAACAUAUAUGAAACCUGAAUAACAAAUUCAUCCACAAAUGAAGAUAUUAUGUGUGUCACAACAGAUGAUGAAAUAUUCAGCAAUCAGGCUAAAUAUACAAUUAAAUGUGUUACUAAAACUG